AUUUCGCUUAAAAAGCAGUCGUGAUUGCAAAGGCAUUUGGUCAGUAUUGUUGGAAAAGUGCAUAGCUAUCGUCUGAGUCACUCGUCCACCGCUUCGCACGGCAUGAGGGCACUGCUUCCACUUGUGCUCCAGUGCAUCCUCAUCUCUUACUAUGGAGCUGUUGACACAACAACUCAAGUCUUCACUUCAGCAAUUACUGCCACCUCAUUUCAAGUUGUCGAGACAACAACUCCAGUCUCCACUUCAACAAUAACUGCUUCCCCAUCUUAUGCUGUUGACACAACAACUUUUUCCACUACUUCAAAAACUACUCCUCCAAAACCUCCUGAUAUAACAACAACGACAACAGCAACAGUAGCUCUGCCACGUCCUGUCACUACAAGAUGCGUGAUACAGGGAGACCCACAUUACAUGACGUUUGAUGGACUCUAUUACGACUUCAUGGGCGCAUGCAUCUACACAACAGCCAAGCUGUGCAACAUCUCCUCCUCCCUGCCCCACUUCAACGUGGAGACGAAAAACGAACGCCGUGGCUAUCCAAGCGUGUCUUAUGUCCGAGAUGUUCACGUGGACGUGUACGGACACAGGGUCACCUUGUCUUUACAGCACGCCCUCCUGUUGGAUGGGGAGCGGGUGACGCCCCCACUGGUGUUACCGGGGAUGCACGUGUCUCUGAGCGGCUCAUACCUCGUGCUCAUGACCAACUUCAGCCUCACGGUUCGAUUCGAUGGGAACCAUCAAGUGGAGGUGUCUGUACCAAUGGAGUACGCUGGGCAGCUCUGUGGACUCUGCGGAAACUUUAAUGGUGAUGUUGGGGAUGACUACCUAAUGCCGGAUGGGAUGGUAGCUGUUUCCUCAACUGAGCUGGGAAGUAGCUGGAUAUCAGACAAUAGCUCUGCUGACUGCGUCAUUGACUUUGAGCCUCCAGUUCCCUGUGAUGCAGGAGAACAGGCUAAGUUUGAAUCGGAGGAAUUUUGUGGAAAGAUACAUGAUGUCAAUGGAGCAUUCCAAGAAUGCCAUGCAGUGGUCAAUCCAGAGCAAUUCUUCAUAACCUGCGUUCUUGACCAGUGUUGGAUGGAUGGGAACGAGCAGUUCCUCUGUGCCUCCAUGCAGACCUACGCUGACCAGUGUGCCCAGCAUGGGGUCAUCGUCAUGUGGAGGAACGACACCUUCUGCCCGCUCGAAUGCCCAGCAGACAGCCACUAUGAGAGCUGUGCCCCAUCAUGCCCAGCCACGUGCAGCAAUGUGACCCUCCCAGGUGCCUGCCAGCAGCCCUGUGGGGAGGGCUGUGUCUGUGACGAGGGCUUUGUCCUCUCAGGAGACAAGUGUGUCCCUCAGGAUCAGUGUGGCUGCAUGGACCACAACGACUUCUAUCACCCACUUGGGGACAGCUGGUUUGCAACACAGAAUUGCAGUCUGCAUUGCUCCUGUGGCGCUGCUGGAGGUGUGGUCUGUGAGCCCUGGCAGUGUGGAGCCUCCGAGAACUGCAGUGUGCAGAACGGCAUUUUCGGAUGCCACAACGUUGCCGUUGACACAACUCCAUCCACCAUUCCCCAAACGAUUCCCCCAUUACAUCUUGGUGUGCACUGGACGCAGUGGUUUGAUCACGACAACCCCCAUGAGAUUGGUGACUUUGAGACAGUGAAAACACUCAGAGAGGAAUAUCCUCAACAAAUCUGCUCCAAUCCCAUUAUAAUAGAGGCUAGGACACUGGAUGGAAUUCUUGCUGAGGCGACUGGGCAAGUUUUCUACAGUAACUCAACAUAUGGAUUUCAGUGUUUUAACCACCUCCAAGUGGACGGAAAAUGUCAUGACUAUAAAGUCCGCUUCCUGUGUUGGGACUAUGAUGGACACUGGACACAGUGGUUUGAUCGUGACAGCCCAACUGAGGAUGGAGAUUUUGAAACACUGCAGUGGCUGAGACAUGAAUAUCCUGAUCAGAUAUGCCCCCGUCCUGUUGAAAUAGAGGUUAUGACACUGGAUGGAGUACCAGUUGAGCUGACAGCAGAAGUUACCUUCAGCAACGCAACAUAUGGAUUCGAGUGUUUUAACCACCUCCAGGCGAAUAAUCAGUGCCAUGACUACCAAGUUCGUUUUCUAUGUGGGAAAAGGGACAUCACUGCAGCUCCGUCCAGAGCUCCAUCAUCUGUAGCUGCAAGAUGCUUGGUGACGGGAGACCCACAUUACACGACAUUUGAUAGGCUCUUUUACGACUUCAUGGGCGCGUGCAUCUACACAACAGCCAAGCUGUGCAACAUCUCCUCCUCCCUGCCCCACUUCAACGUGGAGACGAAAAACCAGCGCGCCAGCCCAAGCAUAUCUGUGCUCCAAGAUGUUUAUGUGGACGUAUACGGACACAGGAUAACCAUGACUGCACGGGACACCCUACUGUUGGAUGGGGAGCGGGUGACACCCCCACUGGUGUUGCCGGGGAUGCACGUGUCUCUGAGCGGCUCAUACCUCGUGCUCAUGACCAACUUCAGCCUCACGGUUCGGCUCGGUUGGAAUAAUCAAGUGGAGGUGUCUGUACCAAUGGAUUACGCUGGGCAGCUCUGUGGACUCUGCGGUGCACCAGGAUUGACGUGCUCACGACCGCCAACCCCUCCCGGGGGGGUCGGGGGUCGCUCGGCAGCGAAGCCUGACUCUCUCGCACCCGGACUGUUGACACUCACCACUGGGCCAACCGGGGUUGCCCCUUGUGACGGCCCCGCU